UGAAUUGAUGUGAUGUUUUCUGAAGUCGGGCUUUUGUUUUGUGUUGUUUUUAUAGGAAGGAGAGGAGCGGCCAGCGAUUGGAACAAAGGACGAUGGUAUCACUGAAAGUGUUCCACAAGCACAAACAUUUAAUGACUGUUUGACUUCUGCUGACAGGGCAGAUAAAAAUGAUAGACAUGUUAUGCUGUCAGCAUUAGGAUUUGCAGAACAAAAUGAAGAAUCACCUUGGGAUUCUGAGAGUAAUUCUGAGAGUCUCCCAGAGACAUACGUUCAUCAUUUAUCUGGGCAUGCAGAUCAGAAAGGGGCAAGUACAUUAAAUCAGCAAGUAGAAGGUUUCUGUGAGACAACUUCAAGAAGAACUGGCCAAUACCCUAAAGAAACUAUCUAUGUCAGAGGCUUCACUGGAGGUGACAUCACGUUGUCAUAUGAAUUUAGAAGAUGAGGUAAAAGACUUAAAGGAAAAACUGACU